UUCUGUUCAUUAGCUCCAGUCCCGGAACCCCUUUCAGAGGGUUUUACAAACAGACGAUGUUGCCCUCUUCACUCAAGUUAUCAAGAGUAGCGACGGCCACCGUGGCUCGAACAGCCCGGUUGGGACUCACCUCCAUCAAACUAUCUUCAUCAUCGCCAUAUAGAUUGAUCCAUGAUGGAAUCAUCAAAAGCCCAAAUGCAAACCCAGUUGCUCUUCAAAUGAUUGACUACGCUCUAUCUCUUGCCAAAUCUAAAAAAUCAGAUGAAUCGCAUGCCCAAGCUAUGUUAGUCCUAGAGCAGUGCCUCUCUUCUCAAUCCAGUGAAAACCAAGAUGUUGUUACCCAUAAUUCAAAGGGAAUGGUCCUGCUUGCUAUGUCUAGCUUAUUAUCUGCAAGAGAAAGGUAUGAUGAUGCAAUGGAAAAACUGCAAAAUAUUCAAGAUUUAAUACACUCUCAUUUGGAUGUUAGAGUUGCUGCAAUGGAAGCUCAUGUUGGGCUCAAUUUAGAGAUGGGGAAUGAUGAUACUUCAUCAGUGCUGGCAGAUAAAUGCUUAGAACUCUUAGGAAAAGUUGAAUUAAAAAAUAGUGAUGAGGGCUCUGAGGUUGCAAGUGCUCGGGCUAAAGCAAUCAAAGGGCUAGCUGAGCUUGUCCAAGGCAAUCUUGAAUCAGCUGAACCAUUCUUCCAAGGAUUUCUGGACAAUAAAGGCUGCAUUGGAAAUGCUGCUUUAUCAUAUGGAGAAUUCUUGCAUGCCACGAGAAACUUUUCACUGGCAAAGGACUUCUACCAGAAGGUUAUUCAAGAGGUGGCUAAAAAAAAAGACUUUACAGAUGUCCGUGCCCUGGCAGCUUGUAAUAUGGCUUCAGAGGAAGUUCUGCUUGCAGCUACCUGUGCUUUGGGACAGCUUGAGGUGCACAUGGGGAACUUUGGCAAUGCAGAAGAGACAUUGACUAGUGCACUAAACAGAGCCGAGCAACUUUUUGGCUCUCGUCAUCCCAAGGUUGGUGUAGUUUUAACCUGCCUGGCUCUCAUGUUCCAGCAUAAAGCAAAACAAGAGCACUCAAGUUCUCUUUUAAUACAAGAGGGUCUUUAUAGAAGGGCAAUAGAGUUGCUGAAAGCUCCACCUCUGGACUUAGAAGUUAAUAGAACAAUGAGAAGUAGGAUGGAUAUCAUUGCUCUUGCAAGAGGUGGCUAUGCAGAAACACUUUGCAUUCAAGAGAACAGAAAGGGUGAAGGAGAGAAAAUGAAAAGGUGGGCAGAGGCUGCAUGGAGAAACCGCAGCUUGUCACUAUCUGAGGCUCUGAAAAUCUCAGAUUCUUCCAAAAGAAUGCCUGUGGUAGAUGCCCGAAUUUGCAGAGCUUUGUAGUUUCACUUUCAGCAAAAACAGUUCAACGAUGAUAUGAGGUACACCACGAGGAUACGUGAGAAGCUGCUCCAAAGGCACAAAUGCAUCACCUCCAUGUUGGGCAUGAAUGCGCCUUCCAUGUCAUUUACUCUUGUCUCUGAGAUAUCCACAAAGCCUUGCACAUGAUGCAUCAGCUCGUUAAACAAUCCCAAGCGAUAUUUGUUAGGAUUGUUGUACAUCGGCAAUGUAUGAGAUUUCCUUUCUUUUUCUAUACCUUUGUAAAUAAAGGAUGUGAAGACUGAAGAAAUCUUUUGUUCUGUGGA